UGCGCUUGGCUGUGGCUGUGGCUGGCGAGGCGGCGCGGGCACGAGGUGAUGGUUGAGAUACAGCUUCUUCUUCUUCUUGCGCCUGCACAUCCGCCUGAGCCUGCGCACCGGCAUUCUGCGCCAGCCAGCAUUUCUCCAUGCAAGUGACCAUGGCGGCUUUCGCACCGAUCUUUUUGAAGCCGAACUUUGCCAGCUCGGAGCGGAGGCGGGUGGUAAGGUAUGAGUUGAAGUCGGGCAUUCCUGGGUGUUCUUCUGGAGGAGGGCAUUCCGGGGCCGCGGGUGGUGGGGAGGCCGCUUUUCGCGGUUUUUUGGUUGCGGGGGCUUUGGAUACGGCGGUUUUGACGGCGGCGGCUUUUGUGGCUUUCACGGUUUUCGCGGCUUUCACGGCUUUGACGGCUUUCGCUCGAGUGGCUUUCGUGGGGGUGGGGGUGCGGCGCGCGCCCGCGGCCGGAGCGGAAGAUGUGCUGAAGCUGCGUGUUUGGGUUCGCACCGGCGACGGCGGACUGAUGGGAAGAGUGGGUGACAAUAGCGGCUCCGAUAUGGAUUUGGUAACGCUGCGCCAAGCGCGAUCGGUGAGAGAAUCCAGCCCUACUGAUGAUGCGAUAGAGUGUGUCGGAGAGAGUGAUCGUCGUGGUGAGGUUGGCCCUCGUGAUAACAGUGGUGACAAGGACGACAAUGGCCGUACGGGUGACAAUGGUGAUGAAGGCGAUAUCGAACGUAGCCUUUCCGUCGUCUUCGGUAUCGGCACGGGUGAAGACGACAGUGUUAGAUCAAUCGUCACAUAUUUUGGCUGGGAAGGAACCACAGGUUCGGCAUGUUCAUGUUCUUGAUCCAGUUUCCUGGCCUCAUCAGUGGCCGGGGGUGAGGCGCUCGGCGUCGUCCUGCGGGAGCCUUGUAUGUGUCCAAAAUUAAGGUCCUCAUUCCUCAGCAAUCCUCCGGCCUGAUCUCUUUUAGCGGCGUUCCACAGGCCACCACCGUAGCUUGCGCCCACUAUCGUCGGAUCGAAUGAAGGAAUAUCGCGCAUGGUAUCCGCUGAAUUUUCUGGUAAUGGCGACAAUGGGUAUGCAUCGUCAGCCCCAAUUUGUUCGUUCUCCAGCUGCGAACAUGUUCCAAAGACGAAGCCUUGGCUGUCGAUUCGUUGUCUAGCACUCGUCGGGCUCAGUAGGUUGGCAGUUUCGGGUUCGUCC